AUGGCGUCUCAUGGCGAGCCCGCAGUGCAGGCGGCCGACCUGCAGCGGCGUGGCACCGUCGGCGGCGCGGGCGUACGGACAAUCACGACAGCGGUGGGGCGCCUGCUGACUGACUACGCGGUGCAGCUGCGUGAAGACCUUGGAUCCACUGACGCCAGCGGCCACGUCUCCUUUAAGUCCGGUUGGGAGGUCGAGGAUGGUGACUUGGUCAAGGUAGAGGACGAAGGCAGCGGCUCUGCCGCGGACGGCGCCGUUGAGACACGCCAUAAAGUGAGCUCACGUCACGCAACCGAUGCGGAUGGGGAGGCGGCGCCGCUGACCGAGGCUGACGUGGCGGAGUGCCGCCGGCGCUUACAACGACUGCAGCGCGUCAAGCACCUUCUUGUUCAGUUUUCGGGACGUGCAGAUCGUCGUCGCGUGCACACGGAAGCUGUGAAGACGUCUUUCCUCACAUCAGGACGCACAGCAGAGGCUGAUGACGAGGCGGACGGCGCCUGCCGUGUGAGCUGUGAGGCGGUGCGCCAGAAUCCUGUACUCAUGCUCGCACUGCGUCGCUUCGAUCGCAUUGCACAGGGCUUCCAAGGUACAAGGGCGGCGGGGGCCGUGGCGCGGGUUCAGGGUGGUGAUAUACGCGAGGCAGGCACGGCCGCUUCAGCGUCGGAAGCAAAGAAGGUGAGCUGCAUUCAGCCGUUUCUGAAUCUCGUGCCUCUCGCCGAAGGUGCCCUGAGCGCUUUUAGCCGAAACGUGAACAUCGUGUUUCGUCGUCGCCCGACGGCCGGUGGCACUUCCGCUACCGGUAAGCGGCCACGCGACGAGGCCGGCGACUCUGCUGCAUCCCCCUCGGCGUCUACAGCGGUGACACCAGAUACGCACAACUACUGGGACCGGCUGGCCACGCAGCAGCGCAAACGUCGCUUCGCCCUUUACACUGCCCGCGCCGCGCUGCUGCCACGCGUGAACGCUGUGUGCGCGCCACUGUACGUCUCUCCUGCUGUCCAGGAGCUUGCGCAGCUCAACUCGGAGGCGGAGCGUCUCAUGUUGAAGCGGGCUUGGUGUGUGCACACCAAAGCGCACUUGCUGCGUGAGGUGCCGUGUGUGGCCCGCGAUGUUGCCGCGUACCGAGUCGCCUUGCGCGAGGCGCUGCAGAGCUUCACCGAGUCGCAGCAAGACGCCUUCCUUAGCGACGUUGUCUACGCCGAGUUUGUCUGCGCUGAGGGCGGCAUCGUGCGCGUGUGUGUGCAGCAUGCACUCUUCGUGGACCUCACCUAUGACGUGCGGCGCCGACAGUGGACGCUCGUGGCGCUCUACUGGAACAUCUUCACCACCGGCGCCGGGGCGUCGCUCUUGACCUCGCAGUCAGCAUUGGCGGUGCCUCUUGUACAGACCCCAUCCGCCCCACCGGCUGCGCCUACCACAGUUGGUCUAGCCCCCUUAAUAGCUCACAGCAGUGCUCACGGCACCGUCAACUCUGUUUUGCCAUUGCCUGAAGCACCCACGCCUUCGCCUUUUGCAAGAGUUGUGCCUCAGGAUCGUGAGGCACUGCAGAGCUUUCUGCGGCUGGCCUUUGCACAGGAGGGGCUGAGUGGUGGACUGCAGGCGGCUAACCGCUUGGUCUGCGCCGUCGUGAUGGACACCUUGGCCACCCAGCUUCAAUCCCUCCAGCAGUCGUUUUUCACGGACGGCGGGCUCGGUGGGCUCGUCGAGGUGGAGGUGCGGCCGGGCACGCAAAUUAGCAUUCACCUCUCCUUGUCAGCGCUCUUCGUGUCAUCAGCGCCCAUGGCGCAUGUAAAGAUGACAGUGACAGGCGGCACCGUGAUGUUCGAGUGUGUGCGGGGCACUGACCUCUCCACGCGACGGGUGACGCUGCCUCUCGGGACUUCGUCCCUGGUCGCCUCAGCCGCGGUCGGCGUAAAUACAGCAACUCGGAAGUCUUCGAUGGCCGUGGUGGAUAUGGAGGCCUUCUUGUGGCAGUGCGUGUGUGCCUCUGCUCCCUCCUAA